AGUGAGAAGAGAGAGAAUUGCUUAGGAGAUUUCGGAGUCGUCGUCUUCUUCUUCGUUGCUCCCAUUAACAGGGACACCCUUUACCUUUCUUAAUUAGACUCAACUUCAAUUAACCCCAAUACCUUUUUUCAGAAAAACCCUAGCUUUUAUUUAUUUUAUAGAAAUGUGAUAACACCCAUUACCGUAUUCCUGCUUUUAAUCCAAAUUUUCAAUCUUUUUGUUAUUUGAUCUAAACCCAUAUAUGAUCAUUUGAUUGGAUUGGAUUUAUUGGUGAAGCAAAGAUGUCAACUGGGCAAGUGAUUAAACGAGCUAAAUACAAGACCUCAGUCAAGGACCCUGGCACUCCUGGUCUUCUCAAGAUGAAUGAAAGAAAGUUUUCAUUCAGUCCUCAUGAUCCUACUUCUAAUGUAAAGCUAAAUGUGGAUUUUGUACACAUUAAAGGUCAUAAACACACUAAAGAGGGUUCAAAUAAACCACCUUGGCUUAAUCUCCCCCAUGAUCAGGGUGGGAGUUACAUAUUUGAGUUUGAAAGCUUUGCUGAUCUUCAUGUAUGCCGAGAAUUUGUGGGUAAUUGCCUUGCAAAGGCUGCAGAAGCUGCAAAAGUUGUUUCUGCUCCGAAAGUUGCUUCCGAUAAAGUUGCAGUUACAUUUUCUGAUGAACAACUCAGUACAGCAGAUUUGGAGCUUCGGAUGAAGCUAUUGCGAGAAGAUAGCGAAUUGCAGAAGCUUCAUAAGCAAUUCGUGAUCGGUGGUAUCUUAACAGAAUCAGAGUUCUGGGCAACAAGAAAGAAAUUGCUUGAUGGCGAUAGCAACAGAAAGUUAAAACAACGGAUUGGUUUCAAAAGUACGAUGAUAUUAGACACCAAACCUAUGGCCGAUGGUCGGACAAACAAGGUAACGUUUAAUUUGACACCAGAGAUCAAAUAUCAGAUUUUUGUUCUGAAACCAGCUGUUCACCGAGCAUUCCUUAAUCUCGUUCCCAAUAAGAUGAGUGAAAAGGACUUCUUUACUAAAUACUUUAAAGCCGAGUACCUCAUUAGUACAAAGAAUGCUGUUGCCGCAGCAGCAGAAGCUGCAGAAGAUGAUGAACUCGCCAUUUUCUUAAAAGAAGAUGACAUAUUGGCACAAGAAGCUCGCCGAAAGAUCAGAAGAGUUGAUCCAACUUUGGACAUGGAAGCAGAUCUAGGAGAUGACUAUUCCCAUCUUCCAGACCAUGGAAUCUUUCGCGAUGGUACCAAAGAAGUAAGUGAACCACAAAGUGAGCAUUAUAAAAGGACUUUGUCUCAAGAUCUUAACCGUCAAGGUGCUGUUGUUCUUGAAGGAAGAACUAUAGAUAUGGACUUGGAAGAUCCACGAUCGGUUGCUGAGGCACUAGUACGAUCGAGGCAAGUAGAGACCGAUGAGGAUGUGACACAGGAGAGACUCGAUAGGCUUUCUCGUAUGACUGAAAUAGAAGAUCUUCAAGCACCUCAUGAUCAUCCUUUUGCUCCACUCUGCAUCAAGGAUCCUCGAGACUAUUUUGAUGCACAGCAAGCUAAUGCACUCAAAACAUUGGACGAUAUACGAAAUAAAUCCGAACAAAAGAAAUGCAACCUCAGUAUCGGUGAAGCUUAUCACUCAUUGAGGGAUUCCAUAUCUAAAAUCAAGACUUUGGGACUGAGUAAUCCCAUUGUUAAACCUGAAGUUGCUCUUUCGGUUUUUAAUGGAUUGACCCAAAAUAUCUCAAGCACCAGGUACCAACUUGGGAAGAAUCCUCAUGAGAGUAUUCUGGACAGUUUACCGAGCACAACAAAAGACGAACUUCUACACCAUUGGAUGUCUAUUCAAGAGUUACUAAGACAUUUCUGGUCUUCAUAUCCAAUUACAACAACGUCUCUUCAUACAAAGGUAACUAGAUUGAAGGAUGCCAUGUCAAGUAUAUACCGGCAGCUAGAGGAAAUAAAGGAGUCAGUGCCAUCAGACUUUCGGCAUCAGGUUUCGCUCCUAGUUCGGCCAAUGCACCAGGCUCUUGAUGCUGCAUUUCAACAUUACGACACAGACCAACAGAAGAGAUCAUCAUCGGCUAAAAUUGGAGAAGGGCCAAAUGGAUAUUAGUGUAGUUUGGCCUUGCUAUAAUGAGGAGUAAUAUUUUGGCUCAUAAUAUGAUGAGUACAAUUUACUUAUAUCAAUUCAAUUUUGCUUUGAGUUUCAUUAUAAUGGGUUGUUUUUUUUCCCCUUAAAUCCCAUUGUUGUAAAAUUGUGCUAUUUUCUUAAAAGUGAAAGAAAAAGAAGAAGAAAAGUACCCAAUUACUUUUUUGAGUUCCUUUUCAUUGCUCAUAAUGUUGGAAUAGUAACAAGAUUGUUUCGCUAUAGACCCGAAAGAGUGAACUCAAGGGUCAAGUCUUUCUCGAGUUUUCACUUCGAAGUAAACUCGAGAAAGAUAACUCAAACCGUCAAGUCAAGCAUGUAACAUUACCUUUCUCGAGUUUUCUUUUCGAAGUAAACUCGAGAAAGAUAACUCAAACCAUCAAGCAUGUAACAUUUUAUGGCGCAAUAUAAAAUUAUACCAAUAACAUUAAGACAUAAAAUUAAGAUCCAAGACCUAAAAAAUUUGUCACUCUCAUAAAAGUUGAGCUUCCUAGUUUCUUUUUUUUUCCUUCAUUUUUGGUAAUUUUAUUCUCCAAAUAUUAGAAUUUAGAAUUAUGCAGCUGCAGCCAACUUUAUAACCUCUCAUAAAGAUAGUGAAUUGGUUUCUAAGCAAAAUUAAAUCAACCACUUUAUAAACUUGAAUUCAAAAAUCCCUUUUCUCAAAUUGCCAAAAGAAUCAAUUUUGAAUCUAUUGCAUACCAAAAUAAAGCAUUGAUUGAAACAAAUAGAAAUAUAAUAACAUUCAAUCAAAUUUAUAUAAUUAAAAAAAAAAAACAUAAUAAAGGGAAAAAGAAGCCAAAUUUAAAAGAAAGAAAGAAAGAAUCUUUAAUACAAUAAUGAUUGAUUAAUUAGAAGGGUGGAGGAGCAUAGUAAGGGAAGAAAGGUCUUCCAUUUGCGGUGGCUCCGGCGGAGGAGGAAUAAUCGACAGUAUCCUUAAUCUUGUGAAACCCAUUCUUAAAAACUCCGAAACCGAACAACAAUCCGAUCAGAACUACCACCAGAAUUACACACGUGCAAAACAUGCACACCCUACUUCCACAACACAUCUUCUUCUUCUUCUUUCUUUGGCUUUUUGAUAGUAAAGAUCGGAUCUUUAUCAAUAUAUAAUGGGAUUUGAAUGAAUGGAAUUGAGUGUUGUGUUUGAGAGAGUGAAAAUGUUUUUAGGUAAUGUUAGGAAUGCUUGGACGCUAU